ACAGCCAAUCCACUGUUAGGGUUUAUAACCCAGAAAACCCGAAGCCAACGAUUCUUCCUCCAUUUUCAAUGAUCCUAGUAAAUUUUCCAGUAUCUUCUCUUUUUGAAUGAUAAACUCCCUAAUUCAAGGCCCAAAAAGAAGAACCCCACAAUGACGAAGGUGUACGGAACUGGUGCAUACGAUUUCAAGCGGCACCGAGUUGCCGAGUACCCGGUCGAGUCGCCGACUCAGUUAGGCGAGAAAACCGUCGAUUCGAAGCCCGGGUCAUCCCUUCCCAACUCAAUAACCUUGUUGGAUAUACAACGCGACAGGUUGACGAAGAUAGCGGCUGCCAGUUGGCUCAAAACUGGUGGCGAAAGCAGCGAAAAGCAGUUUGAUCCUGAGCUAGUAAAGGAUAUUUACUAUAAUGAGCUGACGUUGAAAGCGGGCCGCAAGCCUGUGCCUCUGCAGCGGGUGAUGAUUCUGGAAGUGAGCCAGUACUUGGAGAACUAUUUAUGGCCGAAUUUUGACACCGAGACUGCUACGUUCGAGCAUGUGAUGUCUAUGAUACUCAUGGUAAAUGAGAAGUUCCGAGAGAAUGUAGCAGCUUGGAUAUCUUUUUAUGACAGAAAAGGUGUAUUCCGGGGAUUCCUUGAGCGGGUUCUUCGGCUUAAGGAGGGAAGGGACCUAACUAUUGCAGAGAAGACGAACUAUCUAGUUUUUGUGAUCAAUGCUUUCCAGAGUUUGGAAGACGAAGUUGUUAGCGAGACUGUUCUGAGAUUAGCGAGUUUGCAAUGUUGGCACAGUUUGUCAUUUGGUCGUUUUCAGAUGGAGCUUUGCCUUUACCCGGAGUUAAUUAAGAAAUGGAAGAGAAUGAUAAAGAGAGAAUCUAAGGAGGCUUCAAAACGAGGAGAGCUUUUUGACCCCUCGUCUGCACUUGAAGUGAAUUUCUUGAGAAAUCUCAUUAAAGAGUUUCUGGAGGUUCUAGAUUAUGAGGUUUUUCCCCAGAAAAAUUCUCAAACUGAGGAGGAUGAAGUUGUUGAUACUAAUGGAUUUCAGCAAGUUGAUGAUGCUUGUGUGCUGUAUUGUGAGAGGUUCAUGGAAUUCCUCAUUGAUUUGUUAAGCCAGUUGCCAACAAGGAGGUAUCUACGACCUCUUGUGGCCGAUGUAGCUGUUGUUGCCAAAUGCCAUUCUUGCUUGCUGGUACACAUUUUUCUAUUUUACCUAAUUUUAUCUUUCUUGCAGCUUAAACUGGUUUCAAAGGAUGAUCCUUGGUCAGAUAGUGUUGAUUUUCUUGUUGAGGUCAUGGUGUCAUUUUUUGAAAGACAACAGUCUCAAAAAGAAGCUAUAAAUGCUCUUCCACUCUACCCGAAUGAACAGAUUAUGUGGGAUGAAAGCCUUGUACCAAGCAUUAAUUACUCUGGGGAAGGUUGUCUUGCUCUUCCGAAGCUUAAUCUGCAGUUCUUAACUUUGCAUGAUUAUCUCCUAAGAAAUUUCAAUCUCUUUCGACUUGAAUCUACCUAUGAGAUCCGUGAAGAUAUUCAAGAAGCUAUACCACAUCUCCUUGCUUACAUCAAUAAUGAAGGAGAAACUGCAUUUCGUGGUUGGUCACGUAUGGCUGUACCAAUUAAGGAUUUCAAAAUCACUGAGGUAAAGCAGCCAAAUAUUGGAGAAGUCAAGCCAUCAUCUGUGACAGCUGAAGUUACGUUUAGCAUUUCAAGUUACAGAGCUCAAAUAAGAUCAGAAUGGAAUGCCCUUAAAGAACAUGAUGUUCUAUUUUUACUUUCUAUUCGUCCUUCUUUUGAGCCUUUAAGUGCUGAGGAAGCUGCAAAAGCUAGCGUGCCACAAAAGCUUGGGCUUCAAUAUGUUCGUGGAUGUGAAAUUAUUGAAAUCCGUGAUGAGGAGGGAACACUUAUGAAUGAUUUCACUGGAAGAAUUAAAAGGGAUGAGUGGAAGCCCCCAAAAGGUGAUCUGAGGACUGUGACUAUUGCUCUAGAUACUGCACAAUACCACAUGGAUGUCACCGACAUUGCCGAUAAAGGUGCAGAAGACGUUUACGGAACAUUUAAUGUUUUGAUGAGGAGGAAACCUAAAGAAAACAACUUUAAGGCUAUCUUAGAAUCUAUAAGAGAUCUUAUGAAUGAAUAUUGUAUUGUUCCUAAAUGGUUGCACAACAUAUUUCUGGGUUAUGGAAAUCCUUCUGCAGCACAGUGGACCAACAUGCCUGAUCUUUUGGAAAUAGUAGAUUUUAAAGAUACAUUUCUUGAUUCAGAUCAUCUGCGAAAGUGUUUUUCUGAUUUUCAGGUUUCUUUCAUAAAUCCUGAUGGUUCAGAGAACUCUGAUCCAAGGCCACCUUUUCGAAUUAGGCUUCCAAGGAUGCUGAAAGGCAAUGCUAAUGCACUUCCAGGAAAUAAGAAUUCUGUUGAUAAUUCAAUAAAUGAUGUGAAAAUGGUGGAUGGGUUACCUGAGAAAGAAAACCUUAUUGUUGAAGCAUACAUUCCUCCGGACCCAGGUCCUUAUCCUCAAGAUCAACCAAAACAAAAUUCAGUCAGAUUUACACCCACACAGGUUGGUGCAAUCAUCUCAGGUAUAGAGCCUGGACUAACAAUGGUUGUAGGUCCACCUGGUACAGGAAAGACUGACACAGCUGUACAGAUCUUGAAUGUCCUCUAUCACAAUUGUCCUUCACAGAGGACACUAAUUAUUACUCAUUCAAAUCAGGCUCUGAAUGAUCUUUUUGAGAAGAUAAUGGAGAGGGAUGUUCCUGCACGCUAUCUUCUUCGCUUGGGUCAAGGUGAGCAAGAACUAGCAACUGAUCUAGACUUCAGCCGGCAAGGCCGUGUUAAUGCAAUGCUUGUUCGAAGGCUAGAAUUACUUAGUGAGGUUGAGAGGCUUGCACGAUCUCUAGGACUUCCUGAGGAUGUGGGUUAUACUUGUGAAACUGCUGGGUACUUUUGGUUGCUUCAUGUAUACUCAC